AGCUCAGUCACCCGGCGAAGCCAUAGGCUGGAAGGCUUCAGGUCCCUGCGCACUAGCGCUCACACGCUGACUCAACAUACACGUCAAACUGUAUGGGAACAUGUCGCAGUACACUCUGGGAGUUCACCUGCAGAUCCUGCUGGCUGUGGGUCUGGCUGUGUUCUGCUACUGUCUGGUUCUCGGUUGCAUCCUUUGCUGUCGCAGGAGGAAGAGUGGUUCAUCGGAGGACAAGGAGGCAGUUUUCUUGUCUCCUCAUUCUGCUGAGAGGGUGACUGUGACAUUGACGCCGUCCCCGUGUACACAGCCUGUCAAGCAGCAGUACGAGCAGCUGGAUGGGGACGUGUUGGAAUUCCCUUCAUCUAAAAGCAGCUUUUCUCCCUCUGAGGAUGACCACACUGCUUUGCCCUUUGACCACAGCCCUACCAGAUCAGCUGAGCUGGUGCAAUCUCCUGGAUCUUCUUUUCCAAUGCGGCGCCUCAGCACCCCGGCUGUGCCCUGCUCACCCAAUAAACCACUACGUCACGGCAGAGCCUCUCUGCCCUCCCUUGCCAAGCUGAGCCUGGUGUCCAAGUCCCGCCGGGCAAUGGGUCGCCGCAGCACCGUGAGCGGCGAAAGUUUUCUUUACAGCGAGAGCAGUCGACUGACUGCAGGUGCUGCCAGAGCUCCCACCCAGCAGGGGGAGCCCUGCCUGUCACAGUAUGGCUCUAACUCUCUCUCCAUUUCCUCCAAAUCAGCUCCUCUCCUGCACUUCUCCUUGCUCUUCUCCUGUGCCUGUGGCACCCUGAUGGUCAACAUCCUGGGGCUCUCGGGGGCCAGUCGAAAGCGCACCGGGGUGUUUGUCCGGGCCAGCCUUCCUCCCCUCUGCCCUUCCCCUCAGCAGAUGGCCUCUCGACGCCGCAGCCUCAGCCCAGAUCUCAACAGCCAGACCUUUGUGCUGCAGGUGGGCUCUGUGGAAGAGCUGCGCACCUGCACCUUGAGACUUGCUGUCUACAGCAGGGACUUCUCAGGCUUAAGAGAGGCUGCGCUGGGGGUGGUGGAGCUGCCCUGUGAGCAGAUGGAUUGGGAGCCAGACACGACCACCACCUACACCAGGCAGCUCAGCCCAACUAAAAGCAAGCUGAAAAAGAGUGUGAGUUCUCAGGAAACAUUUGGUCACAGGAAGAGCUCGGUGUGUAUGCCGCGGGCUUUGGGCCAGCUGUUCAUCCUGCUGCAGUACCAGGCGCUGGCCCAACGCAUCAAGGUGUUGGUCCGAAAGGCUGAGAACCUGGCAAAGCUCACACGGAUCCCAGGAGCGCCAGACCACUAUGUUGUCAUCAACCUGCGUCAGGAUGGGAAAGUAAUUGGUACCAAGGAGACCAAAGGGGCCAGCGGUGCAAACCCCGUCUGGAACGCUCCAUUCCUGUUUGACCUGCCCUCUGGUGACAUCACUCAGCUACCAUUGGUCCUUGAGUUUAUCGUCAUGCAGGGCCGUCUGUACACCAAGAGCAGUAUUCUGGGCCGCGUGUUGAUUGGCAGCGAUGCCACGGAGGCGGGACAGGGACACUGGAAGGAGAUGUGCAGUCGGGGGCAAAUAGAGACAGCUCGCUGGCACAUCAUCCAAUCAGAUGUGCUGUAGGACUGAUUGACAGACUGUGGGACUGCGCUGCUGUCCAUCCGCUGCCCAGUGAGUGAAACGCAGAGGUGGAGUGGGAAUAACAUGCGAUUAGGGUGCACAUGCUUCAAAGUAUUUCUUUUUAGUCGUUUUAUUUUUGAUUUUAGACUUCCAUGUCAUUUAUCAUUAGCAACAGAUAAUGUUCAUGAAUGAAAUAACUGGGCAUGCUGUUUUAGGGAGAGACAAACGUCCAUGGUCCAUGAAUAUCUGCAAAACUUUAGAGAUAGAAGUACUGAUCACUGUAUGGAGCAGGGAUGUGCGGCAGCUUUCACCAUAUCAAUAGUAUUCUGCAUCCCAGCAUUGCCUUUGUGAUUAUUUCCACUGUGACUUCUUAAAACUGUAGUCUGUUUAACUGUGUCAUUUGGGUUGUAUGCAACUUGUGCUGAUGUUGUGGUACUGUUUGUAUUGUGCCCAGAGGCUACAAAUGUUGUGUUGAAAGUUACGGAGUAUACAGUAUAUGUUGCCACUCGUGGUUUGCUGUAGUGUAUUACUGUACCAUAAUUUGUCCACGUACAGUACUGUAAACACCUCUCCUUACGAAUAUGUACGAGGCCAUUACAGUGGCUUCACUUUGUGUGGCAUGCCUGCUAAAUUAUUUUUUUCCUUUGAUCAGUUCCCAGAAGGAUUUGUAAGUUUUGUUCUCUUUUCAUCCACUGGACACUACAAUAAACAUGUUGGUUCACAGAUGCCACAGCCCAGUUCUGAAUUUACUGUAUACUUACAUGGCUUAAAGAUUUCUAUACUAAUUACAACUUUAUUCAACAAAAAUGCAAAACAGAUAAAUACAAGAGUGAAGAGCCACUUUACAUUGUGUCUGCUAUGUUGCUGUGCAACAUAAGGUCUUUAGCCAAACGAUUGUGACCAAGCAGCAGCAUUACCAAAAACCAUUAUUGACUGUCAUGUACUUCUCAUACACUUAGGCUCCCUUGCUAUUGGAUUUUAUUAUUUAACACAAUCUGCAGCUCUGUCUCAAUCCAAGAGAAGCCUCAAUGAAGAAUAGCAUUGAUCGCAUGAUGACUUUAGCAUGCACUGCCUUUUCUCUGCAGUCAAUGGAACACUGUAAAAUAGAAAUAGAUGUGGUCUAUUUUAGACAGACUUGCAGAGUCAAUAUAAGGCAGUCAAAAACCAACAAUGAAUGAAAUCAUCUUUCAUUCAGUCAGUUAAUGCCAAAUUCAUCACAUAUAGAUGCAUUUUUUAAUAAAAUAAUUAAGAUAUUACUCUGUGGGACAGGAAUAGUAUUUUUCUUCCUCUUUAUAGCCACAAGACACAUUAAUUAAACUUUAAUUCUAGGGUUAAACUGACAUUUGUCUAGCCUCUUAUUUAUCAACAUUAAAAACAAUAAGAGUUUAAAUGCCACAGACUACAGAAACAUUUCUUUACAACACUUCACUUACUCAUUUCAGUAAUUGAAAAACGCGACAGCUACUCUAACAAACUGAAGGGGUUUGAAAAAAACAACUCUUAAUAUUCAGUACCCGUCACAUAUAUAAUAAUGACAGAAAAUGUAAUGUGUUUUUAAUAUUAAUAUGCAACGUUUUUUGGUUUCUAGGAAGGAAUUGUGUUUGUAUUAGUAAUAUAUUGACCAUGUUGAUGCCUGGUGGUGACACGUACUAUCUCAACUGUAUAUGAAUGUCUUUGCUUUUAAAAGGGAACAGUUUAAAAGAAAUUAGAAUAAAUUGUUAUUAUAUAAAAGGAAUUUUGCCAA